CCUUAGAUUGAGUCAGUAGGUCGUGUCAGUUAAGGGGGUAGAGUCUAAGUGGUGAGGAGUGGAACCAUUGUCUGGUUGUGCACCUAACACCAUGGUUGACACCCGUAGCGGGAAGAGUACUACCCCAUAUACCCAGGCUCAGGAGGAGCGUGCCACCGCCAUUUUGAAGGAGAGACAGGAGAUGAAAGAGAAGAAGGAGCUCCUCAAUCAAGUGAAGUUGAAGGCGAUAGCAGAGGAGCAGGCGACGAAGAAGAAGAAGUUGGAAGAAGAGAUGAUGAGAUUACAGAAGGAGGAAAUUCUAAAGUUACUGCAGGAGGAGGAAGAGAAGAGGAAGGCUGCCGAAGAAGCAGCAGCAGAAGAGGAAGAGAUAGAAGAUGAGCCCCUUGAAAGGAGACGCAGAGAAGGACGAGGGGAAAGCAGUGGCACGAAGGAGGAGGACAAAUGGAUGGAGAAAAAGAUUAGCGAGUGGGUAGCUAAUUUAUCCCUGGGAGAAGAUGAGGAGGCACUGUUGUACGUGCCUGAGGAGGAGAGAGAAGCAUUCGCUAGGGUGUUGGAAGCGAUGGAGGACCCCCUGGAGCACCAGGCAGCCGAAGAUGAAAAAAGGUUGGAGUGGAAGUUGCGGCUGGCCAGGGAGAAGAAGAGAAGGAGGGAGGAAGCCAACCGGAUGGCUAGAGAGGUGGAGAGAGUGCGGGCGUGCAGACAAGAGGUGCAGGCACAAGCAGAGACCCCUGCAAAGUUGGACAAGAUUCUGGUGUACCUGGAGGUUCUAAGCGAGGCCUGGCUGGAGGAGCAUCAGGCCAAUAAGGGUCAAGAUGUGACCCUUCACGCCAUUCGGUCAGGGUUUAGAGAGUUUGCGCGCGACGUGGUAACCCACGUCGGGACCGAAGUAAAAAGAUUGAAGGAAAGCGCAGAGAAGUUCUGCGCCGGCGCCGUCGAAGGCGCCAAAGUAGUGGCCACAACAAAGACCGCGUCGCGUUCCCACAAAGGGCCUGUCAAGCUCAAAUUCCCUGAUUCGUAUAAUGGGAAAAAGGACGAUAGUUUUGAUAACUGGGAGGCUAGCAUCAACACUUAUGUGUAUCUGCAGCAUAUCGCCCCCGAGGAACAAGUCCUCAUAGCCUUCCACGCACUGAAGGACGAAGCGGCCAGCUUCGCCAGGUCCCUUGUGCGCGUCGCUGAUUGUGAGCACAAUAUGAUUACAUAUUCUAGGCUCACCCCUCUCUCCACUUUCCUCCAACUCCUGCGUGAGAGGUUCGCUGACGUCACAAGAGGCGUCAGGGCCUCUGACAGACUCCAAACCAUCCACUCACGACAGUGGAGGAGUGCGCGAGCACUCAAAGCUGUCAUGGACGACUUGGUAGCCGUCCCAGACCACGGGGUCACUGAGACCCAGUUGGUUCAAUUAUUCUAUCGUGCCAUGCCAAAGCCCUUGCGAGGGCAUUUCUUUGACAAGACCCAACAGGCCAACAUCACGUAUGAUGCGUUGAGUAGAGAGGUGGUCCUGUUUGAGGCCAAGUCCAUGCCAGUUUCCACUUUCUGGCAUAAGGACUUAGAUAAGGGCAAAAAGUGGAAAGGUCGUACCAUAUCUAGCCAGGUUAGGGCCAAGGAUCAUUUGAUCCUUACUUUAGACGAGGGUGGUACUGACGAAGUCCCCUAUAGUGAGAUUGAGUAGGGGCUCGAGGAGGAAGACAGUAGUGUAGGCCAAGGGAGGACCUAUGUUGCUGUCGCGGCUAGAGGGAGGCCGCAAAGUAG